AUAAUCCCAAGGUGAGGGUCACUUACCCGACCUGGAAGACAAUUCGAUAUUUCCCCUUUAUAUUCUCUCAUUUUGUGUUUACAGGCACACAAUGUCGGAGCCUCCGUUGAAACGUCUGAAAUCGGCCAGCUCCGAUACCAGAAGCCAUUCUUCUGGUAGCCUUCCCACAACAGUGCAUCUGGAAGAUGUGCCACGAGCGCAGACACGACCACCACGCAUUGACACUACUAUGCGCUCUGGGGUUCCGUUUCAGCAAGAAACCAGUGGUCCUCCGCUCACCCCAGCCAUGCGGGCGACCAAUUUGAAGACUAUUUCGCCUCAAGUUUCUCCUACAUCUGUACCUCUUCCCUGGAAUGAACAAUUCGCCUCGACAUCCUCUCGCAGUCUAGGAGAACGUACUCUAUCUAUGUCACAGUCACAGACGCCUCGACAACAGACGAUACAAUUUGCCGAAGAUCCUUUCACACGUACAAAUAAACGGAACAUAAAUUUUAGUCAUAACCCCCCGAGACCGCAUCGAGAGAUCAAUAUCGGUACAGCUGCUCCCCCGCCACGAUGGGUCUUAGUGGAAGACGCGCCCGCCCAACAGGAUCCAAGCGCAUGGGAAGAGAAAUCGCGAGCACGAUUGGCACGGGGGAAGUCUAUCGGGAGACAGAGUGCAGCCAGUGCUGAGCCUGAAACACAGCCUGGAACCAGUGCACGCUGGGAUCAGGAACUGAGAAAACUCAGGUGGCAGUUUGAACCAGGAUCCCCCAGCGCACGUGGAGAGUUAUCGGAAGCAGGAUGGCAAGAGGCUGCAUGGAGGAGGCUUGAAGAAGCUCUUAGAGAUCCAAAGAUACGGCAAGAGUUAAGAGAGAAGAUCAGUGUCGGCCCUUUAGACAACACUAUUUACAGUCUAGAGGAUCCGUUGCCACCUAUGCCCCCAGCUCCGACCUUCUCUGGUGCGCAAGUGAGGAAGCCCUCAAUUCCUGAAUCUUCUGCAUCGCUGUCGACGAUGAAGGAGUCUACCUACUACUAUCCCGAUUACGACCGUCCCUCUCUGGCGGUUCAACCUGGUACCUAUGCUCCAGGAAGAGGAGGUCCAGCGAGCAUGGCGCGCAGGGCUUUGGAUCAGAUGAGAACUGCGAUCGCUCUCUGGACAAACAAUAAUACUCCUCGGCGAGGAUCAGAAACUGCGCCUAUGAUUUCGCAUAGUAACACUGAAGAACGACGGUCUAAGGAAGCGCGGCGGUCACCGCAAAGUUCACAGAAUCUCCUGACUACUGAUGAAGAACGCCAGCAGCAACUGGUUGAGAACGAUUAUUCAGAAUACCAGGAGGAGCCUAUGGGUAAGUACAAAUAUCUUUGGUUUACUGUUGUAUUCUUAUUUCUGGCAAUGUUCUGCUGUCUUUUCCUGUAUUCUUUCAAGAUCAUCAGAUGAAAAUUACUCGCCCGAACUGUAAAUGGACAUCUUGUUAAUAGACAUGGCCAACAACACAGAGCGUGAGUGUAUGUACAUAGUACAGAGCGCGAAGUGGCAGGAUAAAGGCAAUACGGCUGAUACUUUCUUUGAAAUUCAUCCCUUGCAUACAAAUCGUUCCUAGUAUACGAAAAAGACUGAUACAUCUCAAUUUUCAUAGGAUGUCAAUCCACUCACAACAUUCCUCGGAAUGAUCCGCAGCCAACCAGGUCCCUGGUCUCAAGAAGCGAACAAGAAAUCGACUCGCUCUCUCAACCAGCACAUGGA